UCUGCCGGCUGCAGGGUCACGAUGCUGCGAGGCCCGGCGGCGCUGAGCCUCUUCGCCCUGUGGCUGGGCUCCGUGCACGGCUCUGCGGAUCUGCCCAUGUGCACCGAGUCAGAUUAUCACUUUGAGUACACACAGUGCGACGUGCUGGGGUCAAGAUGGCGGGUCGCCAUUCCAAACAAGGUCGAAACGUGCUCGGGUCUCCCGGACCCAGUCAAAGGCACUCAGUGCACCUUCACCUGCAAGGAAGGGGAGUACCUGGACAUGCAGUCCCAGCAGUGCCAGAAGUGCGCUGCGGGGACGUACUCCCUGGGCACCGGCGUGGCCUUCGACGAGUGGGACAGCCUGCCGUCCGGCUUCGUCUCUCACGGAGUGACGACAAACGAGGACUCGGCAAACACAAACUGCUCCAACUCCACCUGGACGCCGCAGGGGGAGUACAUCGCCUCAAACACAGACGAGUGCACCGCAGCUCUGUCCUACGCCGUCAACCUGAAGCAACCGGGAUCUCUCACCUUCGAAUACCUCUACCCUGACAGCAACAUCUACUUUGAGUUCUUCGUCCAGAGCGAGCAGUGUCAGUCCAGAGAAAAUGGAGUCCAGUGGAUGACCGUCUCAGAGAAGAACUGGAACACAUACCGGACGGAGCUCAGCAAUGGGAACAAUGUGCUGUACUGGCGCACGUCGGCGUUUGCUCUGCACAACCGUGUUGUCAAACCUGUGCUGCUCAGAAACAUUCAGAUCUCAGGGGUGGCCUACACGUCCGAGUGCUUCCACUGUAAGCCCGGCACCCACAGCGCCCAGCCGGGAUCGGCCCACUGUGACCCCUGCCCUCCUAAUAGCUACUCCAACAAGGGUGCCACUGUUUGCCACGAGUGUGAAAACGACCAAUACGCACUGGCCGGAUCAGGGAGCUGUAAACCCAGGCCAGCGUGUAAAAACAGCGACUACUUCUACACCCACACACCCUGCGACGCCGAGGGAAAGACUCAGCUCAUGUACAAGUGGAUCGCGCCAAAGAUCUGCAACGAGACGGCGGACGGCGCUGUGACGCUCCCUGCAUCGGGAAACAAGCAGAGCUGUCCGCCCUGCAACCCGGGCUUCUUCAUGUCCAACUCCACGUGUCAGGCCUGCCCGGAGGGCCACUACUCCAACGGCACAGACUGUAGCGAGUGUCCCGUUGGCACCGAGCCCGUGACUGAAUUCGAAUACAAAUGGUGGAACACGAUGCCGGCCAACAUGAAGAGCUCCGUCUUCCGCCAAGGAUACAGUGAAUUCGAGCAAAACACAGCUUGGGAGGUGGCUGGAGAUUACAUCUACACCACGCCCGCCGAGCAGGACACAGACUACAUGACCCUGAUGCUCAACGUCCCAGGGUACAGGCAGCCUCACGCUGCAGCCAUGGACACCCAGACCGAGUUUUCUCGAAUCUCGUUUGUCUUUGAGACCGUGUGCGCGGCUGACUGCAAACUGUACUUCCUGGCGGGUUCCAGUCGCUGGUAUAACGAUGAGAUGGAGCACUGGACGGGCUCCGCCGAGAAGCAGUCGUACUCCUAUGUCAUCCUGAGCAACCGCACGCUCAGCUUCACCUGGCUGUUUCAGCGGACGGAGCAGUUCAACGCGGAGAGGAAGUACAGCGCAGACAUAGCGAAGAUCUACUCCAUCCACAUCACCAACGUGAUGGGCGGCGUGGCCUCGCGCUGCCGCCGCUGCGCCCUGCCGUCCGGCGUGGAGACGUCCGCCUGCGUGCCUUGCCCCCAGGGCCACUACAUGGUCAACGGGACGGGGGAGUGCAGGAGGUGUCCUCCUAACACCUUCAUCAGGUCCAGCUACUCUGUGGGGCCGGAGGCCUGCAUCCAGUGUGGACCCAACCUGAAGCCCAACAAGGCCCACACAGCCUGUCUCAGCGACUGCGAGCUGGACCUGCGGGCGGGAGGCGGCGCGCCGCCGCUGCACUACGACUUCUCUCCUCUGUCCAACGUCACCGGCAGCCACGGCGGCCCCCGCUUCACCAACAGAGGCGUGCGCUACUUCACCCAUUUCAACGUGGCCCUGUGCGGCGCCGAGAGCCGGACGCCGGCGUCCUGCCUGGACAAUGUGACAGAGAGUGGGAGGGAGGUCAAAGGUUACAUCUGUCAGUCCACCAUGGUUCCCUCUGGCAUCAGGAGUCAGAGCUUGGUGUCGUCGCUGCCUUUCCUCAUCGGGGACUCGCUCAUAGGUGUGACCACUGAGACGACGCUGGACGGCAUCUCGUCUCCAGACAGGCUGUUCCCCUCGGCGCCGGGCCGGCCGGACAUCAUCUUUUAUUACAAGUCCAGUGAUGUAACUCAAGCGUGUAAACAAGGCCGGGCGGCCGCCGUCCGGCUGAGAUGCAACCCCGCCGUGACGGCCACGGACCACAUCACACUUCCGAGCACCAACUGCUCGGAGGGCACCUGCGACGGCUGCACCUUCCACUUCCUGUGGGAGAGCCAGCACGCAUGUCCGCUGUGCACCAGAGACCACUACAAGCCCAUCGUCAGCGAGUGUGCUCAGGGAAUCCAGAGAACCACCUAUGUGUGGAAGGAACAUGUGCAGUGUUACGGAGGAGAGUCUCUCCCGGCGCAGACAGUGAACGCUUGUGUAAAUUUGGACUUCUGGCUGAAGUUUGGAGUCCUGACAGGAGCGAUCGCUGCUCUGUUGCUCAUCUUAAUCAGCUGUUACUUCUGGAAGAAGACGCGCAGGCUGGAGUAUAAGUACUCCAAGCUGAUGAUGAGCUCGGGGGAUACGGAGUGCAAACUGCCGGCCGCGGACAGCUGUGCCAUCAUGGAGGGAGAGGAUGCCGAGGACGAGCUGAUGGACCUGACCAGGAAGUCCUUCUUCACUAAGAUGAAAGCUUUCUCACGAGAGAGAACGUCGGAUGGAUUCGACUCUGUUCCACUGAAGUCGUCUUCUUCACACCAGCAGCGACGGGUGGACGACUCUGAUGAGGACGAAUUCGGGACAUGAUCGUUCUUUUUUUCUUUGAUUCUUCUUUAACACAGAGAGAGGUCUUUGUGCUGUGAGAAAACAGAGAUGGGCUUAAUUUUUACUGGAGAUAAUGGAGUCACGAAGGGAGUUUUAUCGGGAUGUAAAGCGUCAUCAUUUUGUGAAGUAUUAUUUAUCGUACAUUAGGUUGCCAAGCCUAAUAUUGAAAAGCAGGUCUCCGUAUUUGGGAGACACUGGAAGCACAGUGUUUGUAUCACAGACUCAACUGUGGAUGAAGAUUUUUGGAUGUACAUUUCAUUUGACUUGUCUUGUUGGGUUUCAUUAAAAAAAACAAAAAAAAAAAAGCAAAACAAAGCAGGCUUUCAGCUCAGUCUUAUAAUGUUGCAAGUUGUGAGUUAAUAACCUUUGCUUGUCAUUGUGAUAUAAAAAGACAUUUUCUACUAUGAAAACUUUUAAACUCCAGGAAAGUCAUUAUGAGGAGUUUGACUGGAGGAAAUCUUUGUAAGGUCCUGUUGCAAAGUGUGAAAAUAAAGUCUGAAAUAAAAAUU